AUGGUCCAGCAUUUGACGAGCCACUGGAGGCUGUCCUCCAAUACAGCCUCCAAUACAGCCUCUAACAAAGCCAGACUGUCCCGAACCCCUGGUAAUAGAAGUGUUUUCCUUUAUAUCAAGAUGGUGGGGAAAGCACCAAAAUCUGCAUGUGGUGUGUGCCCUGGCCGACUUCGAGGAGUUCCUGCUGUGAGGCCUGAAGUUCUAACGAGGUUGUCUAAAACAAAAAAACACAUCAGGAGGGCCUAUGGUGGGUCCAUGUGUGCUAAAUGUGCCCGUCACAGGAUCAAGCGUGCUUUCCUUAUUGAGGAGCAGAAAAUUGUUGUGAAAGUGUUGAAGGCACAAGCACAGAGUCAGAAAGCUAAAUAA